AUGAGAGAUGUGUUGCUAUGUAUCUGCACGGGUUGCAGUGAGCUGGUGUCCUUGCAUGGUUCAGGGUACAGAGUUUCAGACACGGCUCUCUGUGCCCCCUCAACACUCACAGGGGCCGAGCGCCGACAGCCAGGCUCCGCUCAGCGCGCCGGGCCCCGCGGGCGGCGGGGGGCCGCCGGCCGCUCUCCGCACCUGCGGGGGGGACGCGUUAGUGAGCGGGGCGGGCUCGGCACGGCCGCGCUGCCCCGAAGCCCGAGCCGCCGCCGCCGCCGCCUUACCCCGGGCGCGUCCCCGUCCUGCCGGGCCCCGCCGCUGCCGCCCGCCGACAUUUUGUCCGCGCGGAGGCCGCUGUGGCGUCGCCUUCGCCAGGGCAACCGGCGGCCGCCCACCCUCCGUCCCACCCUCCGUCCCGCCGUGUCGGGGCCCCGGCGACAGCCGCGGGAACGGGGCCCUGAGCAGGGACCGGCCGGCUCCCGGCGUGGCGCUGGGCUGCCACGGGCUCGGGGCGAGUGGUUUCUAAUGGAUGGUGACCCUCUGUGUGACAACAGCCCCACUGUCCUGCAUCCACAUGGGUUGCCAGGACUUGUUGCUGCCUGCCAUACCUCCGUCCUAGGAAAGAGGGAUGCUUCACUGAGGCAGUGUGACACAGAGUGUUUCAUUCUUCCUUGUCGGGGAGGUUGUUUGCCCAGGACCAUCUGUGCUGCUCAGAUUACCCUGCUCCGGGUCAAGCGGUCACCGAGGGAGCAUUUCCCGCACCACAUUGACGCUCUUAGGCCUGAACACAGUUCCAAUUUUCUGGAGGGGAGAGAGAGAAGAGCAGAAUUUUGGAAUGAAUUGUCAACAAGUGUUCAGACAUUCAUCACAAAAGCAGAUGAAACAGUGGCAGAAGUAGUGAGAAAUUGCUCCUUUGGUUGAGGGAGAAAAACUGAAGAAUGGAAGGGGCGUUUUGUUAUCUCAGACACCAGAGAGUGCUGACAUUGCCAGUCUGUUGGCACAUGCACACGUUUGACAGUAACAGCUAUCAUGCCCAAAUUUCUAUGGCAUUUAUUCAUAAUAAUCCCUCCUCCUCAGUAAGAAAGCAAGGUUUUGGUGACCUUUCUGAAUUUGUUUUCUGCCAAAGACUACGUAUCUUAAAAUUUGGAUUCAGCUGAACUCCCUGGCUGGUCCGUUUGUUUGUUUGUACUUUGACCAAAGGAUUACAUUGACGGUUUCUCAGGAUCCAGAAUUGUGUUUAAUCUGUUUACAGAGCUACAUAUAUUAUUUGAACAAGGAAGAGGGAAACGAAAGUGGCCAUAUCUACAUCAGCUGGUAGCUGUUCACAGGAAGCAGCAAUUACUGUCUAGCCUUCUUCCCUGGAAAGCCCUCCCAACUGCUUCCCAUGCCACGUAACUGUGCAGUGCAUGGGCACACAGAAUAUCAAAGAAAGCA